AUGGAGAUACAGAAAGAGCGAUUCAACAUUCGGAUAAACCCCAAUGACCUGGCCGGCCUAGACGAGUUCUCUAAAAAGGAUCUUAAAAAGCCCAAGAAGUUCCUAUCAAAAAAGAAGAUCUCUCUUUACAAAACCGAGAUAUGCAAGAGCUUUGAAAACAGCAGUUACUGCUCAUACGGAGAAAAGUGCCAGUUUGCCCACUCACUUGACGAACUACGUGAUAUCGAAAGGCAUCCUCGCUACAAGACCGAGCUCUGUAAGACCUACACCGCUCUCGGGGCCUGUUCCUACGGCAAAAGAUGCUGUUUCAUCCAUGCCGGCCCCGAAAACGACGAACAUACCGAUCGACAAGAUGCCCGCAACUUACCCGGCGACUGGAAAGCCCCCGGACUCACCACCAAUCUUCCCGACAUUGAAAUGUCCACCAUUACCACCGAUCCCGAAAUCUUCAAAACUCAAGCCAUCCUUACUGAAGAGGAGAACGAAAAACUCCAUUUCCUCAGUCUCUACCGCCCCCAACCAGCCAUCGGUAGAUCCAAAAUCAAAAAGCAUCCAUGUCUUUCCGUCGUCCCCGGCGAUUUCGUCGGUUUCAAACGAACUUCCUCUGUCUUCUGGGCCCAUGCCUACCACUGCUUUAUCUAUGUAGAUUCCCUCUGCACUGUCAUCUCCUUCAAACCCCUCGGUAAAGCCCCAGGCACAUUCGUCCUCAACAAAAAGCAACUCAAACUGUAA